UUUUUGUUCAGUUCUUAAUAGUCUGUUACUGAUGCCUACAGAUGGCAGAUGCUGGACCCUACUAUACUAUUCUUCCUUUUUCUUCUGCCAUGUCUUUAUAUUGAAGAAAUCGUAAGGUAGUAGUAUGGUCUUUCAGUUUCAGCAAUUUAUUCCAGAAGCACUGAGAUCUUUCACUUUUUCACUUUCUUUUUGUCUUUCUUUGUCAGUCUGUGCAUUAAUGAUGGAGAUUUUAGUGACUUUUUCUGCAGAUUGCAUCGAUGCACCAUUAGGUGACACUCAAGUAUAUAAAAAAGCCACAUUCUUUUUUAGACCAUUGAUAGCUAAAUUCAUAACGGCUUACUCAUAUGGUCUUCAUAAGGGCAUCAUGAAGUGUUAAGACACAUAUAGUUUAUUUAAAAUUAUCUUGGAUCAUGUACUCUCAGACACAUUUCUUUGCUUUAGACUUGUUGUCAACCCAUUGUUUUUCCUUUAUUGUAUUAUCGGCUCAGUAUCUUUACAGGCAAUUUACAACAGCCAAUGAAUCAAAGCGAGAAUGAUUCAGUAGCAAACAGGUCCUCACGUGUAAAACUGUGCUUAGUAAUCCUUUUUCUCAAAACAUUUUUUUCAUUUAGAGAUCUUUUGACUGUCCCAGCCCUCGUAUUUGAAAGAUCAGGUUUUUGCCUGCCUUGUGUUCCCAUGUGCAUAGGGAGGAGCUGGAAAUAAUUGAUUUGGCACAAUAUGUAAGGGGAUCCUGCUACUGCCAGUCCAUAAUGACUUGCAGAAUUGUUUUGAAAGUAAUGUGUCACUAUUUAUGUCAAAGAUGAAAGCAAUAACUUAAACCUCUAGUAAACUCUGACAAAGGUAAAGAUAAAAUGCAAUAACUUUAACCUUUAACAGAAUACAUAUACAUGUUUACUUCCUUACAAGUCUUAGUUUAAUUUAUAAACAAUACUAAAAAUAUUUUAUUAAUAGUUACACUUGGUUUAAUUUGUCAUCAUUAGUUAAUGGGUCAUGACCUAACACCUAUAUCAGAGAUGAUUCCUGAAGACAUAAAAAAGAUAUUCCUGAAAACACAAAAGAUAUUUAUUGAAAAACAUCUUACUGUUUCCUUUCGAAAAACAAACUAACAUGAUUGCAAAGUGUUACUAAAAUAGAAUUUAGAUCCUCUUUUGUUUGAACAAAGUUAUCUAUAGAUAACUACUAUGACAGUUCAUGUCUGCUUGUAUGCUUUUGAAAUAAUUAACUCAAAGCUACAUUUAACCUGCUUGUUAGACUUUCAACUGCAUUGCAUUGAUAUCAUGACACAACGUAAAAGUCCAAUCGUUGUGUUGUACACAUGCUGCCAGUGACCUAUGAACACUCGUUUCCCUUUUGUCUAGUUUUGUGUUCCCUCCUCUUUCGAAAACAUUCCCAGCCCUUUUAAAGUAUCGUAUUUCUGCUGUCUGCAGUAUGAGUGUUAGAAGAAUGGUGAGAGCACUGACUGUUCCCGCUCUGGGGCUUCUAGCCUUACUAUGCUUGUUCUCCUCGAAGCUCGUGCAGGCUGGGAAGGUGCUUGUCAUGCCAGUGGAUGGCAGCCACUGGUUGAGCAUGAAGAUCUUGGUAGAAGAGCUUUCUCAAAGGGGUCAUGAGAUGGUGGUCCUGGUCCCUGAAACCAGUGUUCUGAUUGGAAGGUCUGGUAAUUACACUACUAAAUCGUUUCGUGUGCCUUUCACCCAUGCGGAUCUAAAAGCCAAUUUGGAUGACUUGGAGAAGAAUGCGUUUGAGAAGCCUCCGAAACUGACUGAUAUCAUUGUGAAUUUGGAGAACCUGAUUCAGUUCUUGAAUAUGCAUGUGACAGCCUGUGAAUGGCUGCUGAAUGAUGAGUCCCUGAUGAAGAGUCUUAGAGAAACAGGAUUCGAUGUUUUGCUCACUGAUCCUUUCCUGCCUUGUGGCACCAUCAUUGCUGAUUCCUUCUCGAUUCCUGCUGUUUACUUCCUGCGUUUGAUUCCCUGUCUGCUUGAUGUGGAAGCCACCCAUUGUCCCUCACCUCCAUCUUUUGUUCCACGCUUUUUCACUGGUUACACCGAUAAGAUGACUUUUCCUCAAAGAAUAACAAACACGAUUAUGACAGUUUUUGAUGCCAUACUAUGCCGCAAACUGUUUGCUAGCACUGAUGAACUGGCCAGUAGAUAUCUGCAGAAGGAAACUACAUACAAAGAGCUAUUAAGUCACGGUGCAGUCUGGCUUCUAAGAUACGACUUUGCCUUUGAGUAUCCCAAACCCCAAAUGCCAAAUAUGGUCCAAAUAGGGGGCAUCAACUGUGCUAAAAAGGGUCCACUGACAAAGGAGCUGGAGGAGUUUGUGAACGGUUCUGGAGAGCAUGGGUUUGUGGUCUUCACUCUGGGCUCCAUGGUGUCACAGUUACCCGAGGCUAAAGCCAGAGAAUUCUUUGAGGCUUUCAGGCAGAUACCUCAGAGGGUGCUAUGGAGAUACACUGGACCAGUCCCUGAAAAUGCUCCAAAGAAUGUCAAACUGAUGAAGUGGCUGCCACAAAAUGAUCUCUUGGGCCAUCCUAAGGUUAAGGCUUUUAUUACACAUGGUGGAUCACAUGGAAUCUAUGAAGGAAUUUGUAAUGGGGUGCCAAUGGUGAUGCUUCCUCUGUUUGGCGACCAAGGGGAUAACGUUCAGCGCUUAGUUUCUCGAGGAGUGGCAGAAACCCUCAGUAUCUUUGAUGUGACCUCAGAAAAACUGCUGGUUGCAUUGAGAAAGGUCAUCAAUGAAAAAAGCUACAAGGAGAAAAUGACAGAGCUUUCAGCUAUUCACAGAGACCGCCCCAUUGAGCCUCUGGACCUGGCUGUGUUCUGGACUGAGUUUGUUAUGAGACACAAAGGGGCAGCACAUCUCAGACCUGCAGCCCACGAGCUGAACUGGAUUCAGUAUCAUUCUCUGGACGUCAUUGGCUUUCUCCUUCUUAUUCUAGUGACUGUUAUUUUCAUAACUGUCAAAAGCUGCACGUUCUGUUUCAGGAAGUGCUUCAGGAAAACUCAGAAAAAGAAGAAGGAGUAGAUAUAUUAAGUCAUCAUUUUGAAAUGUCUGUUUUUAUUGGGUGAUUGUUUAGAGACUUGUUUAAUAGAACGUGAAUUACCUCCAUGACCUGGAUCAACGACUUGAAUAACCCCCUGCCAAAACCUGUACUCAUUUUUUCAAAUUUGUUAUUUUUAGUUACCGUUAUUUCAAAUCAAAAUAAACAAAUUCAUCAAAAGAUACUGUAAAAAAGUAUUUGAACUAAUUCUUUAAGACAACUCGGCUCAUUUACUGUUAUAGAUAAUUAGUUUAACAUACUAAUAACAUGACAUAAUUGUGCUUUGCAGGCUAAGUCUGAAGUUUACUUGGCAAACUUCAUAUAAUUGCUAACUGUUAAGUCACUGACAAAGCAUUGAUAGAAAAAACAAGGCACCUGCCUGCAUUCAAUUUCAAGGCUUUACUGAAUUAAAAAAAGAACCAUGUCAAAUAUUUUUGAUUUCUGUUAAUCAAAUAAAUUCUGAAUAUGAAAAUA